AUGCCGUUGGCGUUUCUGCACGGGUUUCUCUCCCGGAAGAGAAAUAUUUCGGUCAGAGAGGGGCGCCAAUUCUCCGAUGCCAGGGCGCUGGUGCUUUUGCGGGGGCUAGAGCUAUUUUGCGACCACCUCAGUGACACUCGAGACCGACAGCACAUGGCCAAGGUCUUCUUGGAUGUCCAUCCAUUGCUCCACGAAGCCCGCCAGCGCAGCCAUACCAUCAACGGCCUAACGCUCUAUCUCAAUGACAUCUUCAGAGGGCGCGCAUCUCAGUCGUUAACCAGCAGGGUACCAGAACACAAAUCGACAGUGGAUGGUAGAUCUUGGUUUAUGGACGGCGAUGACCUCGUUUCAUUCAAUGAUGAUUCGCUAAUUGCCUACCACCCAUCUGAAUGUCGAAUGAACGUGGCUCGUUGCGAAGGGUGGUUCAUUGUCAUCGAGACAGACGAGCAGCCGCCAUGGACUUCAAGCUUCCUGGGCUUGUCGCUGGACGAAACUGUGCGGAAGGUCUUCCCUCGAUUAUUGGAUCGACUCGAGCAAGGGAGCCCACCGAUCCACCCGGACAACACACGUUGA